AUGGCAGCUAUGUCAAAAGUUGAGGCCUAGGAAGGUGUUCAAAAAGUCUAAUCUAGUGACCCAAAACUUCUUUAUUUUUUCAGUGCGGAAACCGCGACUCGGAGGUGUGUUGCGUGUACACGGAUGUCGUCAAAGAGCGAUCGGUGAUGGACGGAAAGCCGUAUGAGGCGGGACGAUUCGCGAAGAGUCUCCGGAUGCAGUGCAUGAGGGUACGAGGGAUUAUAAUGUAGACUCUAGCACCAUUUUCUGUUCAGGAACACCUCGGCCUCCUGGCCGAAUCGCGUCGGAAGGCCAAGUUCGCGUACGCGGUCUCGUGCGACGAUCCGGUCGCCGACAGUUUCUACGUGGACGUGUGGCAGGCGACGGCGAAGAGCAACGCGCAGAUUUACGAGGAGGUGUUCCGCUCGUAUCCGACCGACUUUGUCGAGACGUUCGAAGAGUUCCAAAAGUGGACUUCGCAGAUUCCAAUGUCCGAAUAUUCGCCCCAACAGGCGGAGGAACGAGUUCGCGACCUCAAAGGUACGCAUCAAACUAUACGCGGUCCAACUUUUUUAUCAGUGCGUAAAUGCUGAAACCCUGUAACCUUAUUUCGUCGGAAAUGUCGCUAACAUCACUGCCUGAUGUCACUUUCCUCACGGCGACCAAAAAUGAAGAAAUGGGCGUGGCCCAGGUGGCCGGAAGUUCGAAUUUCCCUCAUCAAUUUGAGCUCAAAACGGACAGAUUUCACUGAAAACUGAAAAAGUUGAAUCGAUUUGAAGUAAUGUAUUAGAUAUUAGGAACGUUGCAGUUUUGACAACGAUAUUGUCCGAAAACCGUUCAGAUGGCCCAAAUAAAAAUUUAUGAUUUCAGCGCAGCAAAAUCUGCAAAAUGUGCUGUUUUUACAAAACUGUUCUUUGCAGGUGUCCUCGUCGAUUUCCCGCUAAACUUCCUCUGCAAAGCCACGUUGACGCCGGGAAUCACCUCGAAAGAAGGCCUCGUCCCAAGUGCCGUAUUCACAUAA